AUGCUUUCUCUUCGUAAAAUCAUCUUUUUAACUCUUUUUACUACACCCUCAAUCGUUUCCGCCCAUAUCACUCCUACAGUUCCGACCGCAGGAGCACAGUAUCAAGGAGGCCAAACGCAGGUCUUCAAGUGGUCCUACAGUAAGGACGACGUGAAUGGUAAUCCAUUUAUAGCAGAACGAUUUAAAUGUGAUUUAAUGUGGGGAAAGAAUCACUGGGUCGCAUUGCUUGCUCGAAACCUGAGCAUACACGAUGAAUGGGUCGCGGUUCACUUUAGGCCCGAUUAUGGAUUCGAUAGCACUGCAUACUACGUGCGCUAUGCGACCGAAGAAACCAGCUCGGUUGUCAACACAAAUCACUUUACUUUGUCAGAUAUGAACGGAACUAAUUUCAGCCAGUUAUUUAACGAACAACCUGAUCCCAAUGUCGCGUCUCAUGGGUCUGGUGGGUCCGGCUCCGAUCACACAAACCAGAGCAUCUCGAGUACCCUCACCACAACAAAUUUGGGACACAGCUCAGAGAAAGCCACAGGGUUUACUCGGAAUGGCAACGCUCCUACCUCAACUGGUGUUUAUCCGCUACCUACCAGCUCAAUGGCCGGAUUUACCAAUGGAAACGAUCAAGGCGUUUCGCAGACUGGCGGACCUAUUGGACCCCUUGGAGCUCCACCGAUGCCAACUGUGGGAGACACCGACGAUUCCCAGCAGAUCUCAACAGAUAGUCAACAAUCUCCUGUCCAGAGUGGAACAAACACCCCGCGAUCACUUGGUCCCUUCGCAACUUUACCACGAAGCAGCAAGUCCACACCCGCAGAGAGUAUAUUAAACGAGCCUGGUGCUGAGCCUGGUGGAACUCGCCCCCUUCCGAUCUUUCAAUCACGCAAGCCAGCUAAUUUCUUUGAAGACGAAGCCCAAGUAGCCUUUUCACCCCCUACUCUUCAGGGGUUUGACCAACGCGGCAAUGACUUGACCCGCUCUUUCCGUGACAUAAUGCCGAGAUCUCUUGGGAAUGAGCCCGUAGAGAAUCGAGCUAGGGACCGUCCUACUAAGCCGCCAUUGGAUCGCAACUGGACGUUAUUAGGCCAACUGCUGAAAGACGAUGGAGCACUAAAGCGUCGGCGUGCAUCGGUUGCUGUAGCCCCACCUAACCCCCCUCGGACUUUGAGACAGCCUUUACCAUCAUCUAAUCGGGAAUCCAGGUCCUCAUCUAAUCGUCCUUUAGGCGCAAGGAGUCAGUCUUCAAGCCCGGACAUUUUGUCUUCGCAGGAAAUUCCUUUUGAUGCACCCAACCACCCAUUCACUCAAUCCGUUACAAUCGCCCAGAGCUCUCAUGAUGAGACCGAGCUGUUCACUCGUCCCAAUACCGAAGACGAACAUCUUCUGUCCAGGUCUACCUCGGCCACGGCCGGUGGUGGGUCUAUACGUCGCCGGGGGCAAACGAAUAUCAUUCGCGAAGAUAGCUAUGAUUCUUCUAGUGAUUCCGACCAUGAGGAUACCGAAAGUGAUUCAACUAAUGACCAACUAUCCAUCCCAAUCACCUCUCGCAUUUGGUUGCCUGCACUUUCUCCUGUUCAGAAAAAGGUGCUUAAAUGCUCAAUUGCCUACACUAUUGGGUGCCUUUUCACGUUUGUGCCAGCACUCUCGAAUUUGCUGACAGAUAUCGUCCCACUUGGAACCCAACAAGGGCCAUCUCCAACCGGACACAUGGUUGCUACAGUUGCCGUUUACUACAAUCCUGCCAAAACCAUCGGCGCAAUGAUAGAAGCAGACAUGUUUUGUUUGGUGGGAGCAGCAUUUGCAUCCAUCGCCUCCUUGGUGGCGACGGACAGCUUUUGGUUCUUUGAGCUACAGCCGGGUUGGGAGUGGCUCGCUGAUCUCCUUGUGUUGGCAUGGGUAGGCUUGGCUAUGGCACUGAUUGCAUGGUCUAAGCUUUGGGUCAACAAACCUACGUUUGGCAGCGCUUGUAGUAUGACUAGUAUUAUUCUCUUCGUCGUUAUUAUCAAAGAGGGCGGGACAGAAGUACUUGCACAAGUGUUGUUCAUCACCGCCUUAGGAAUAACCAUAUCAAACCUCACAUGCUUUGGAUUAUGGCCCGAAAGUGCGACCACCAAUCUUCAGAAAGAAAUGACUACCACCUUGAACUCGUUUGCCACAUUGCUCAAGAUGUUGACCAGCGCUUUCCUCCUAGAUGACGAGACACCUGUUCGCCGUCAAACACUUAUCAAAGCGGCUGAAGCCCAUCAAAAGUCGUUCACUUCACUUCAAAAAGUAUUGGCAGAGGCUCGCGUUGAACGAUGUGACCCACGUAUUCAAAGAACUGCCAAGGUCUAUGACGAAGUCGUCUUGGGGCUAAAUCACCUUGCCCAACAUUUUGGUGGUCUUCGUAGCGGGACUAAGCUUCAGUUUGAAUUUAUACAAAGUCACAGAGAAACAAAGGACGAAUCAAAUUCAACGGGGCUUCGGGCGAAUGGAAAAGGAAUUGAUAUGAGUGGAAAAGAAGACGAGGAGACUAAGACUCCCGAAGCAAUGUUUCGUUCUUUGAUAGAUGACUUGGGAUCUCCAUUGCGAAAGCUUUCCGAAGUUUGCGUUGGAACAUUGGGCAAAAUGUCAAAUGCAUUCCAAUCUGUUCGCCAGUCUGACUCCGACUCAGAUCUGGAAGAUUUUACCAAAAUGAAGCGAGAGAUUGACCAAACGCUCUUCCAAUUCGAAAGUACCUCCGAACAGGCAGUUAUGCGGUUGUUCCGUCGGGGAGAUGGUGGGGACAACGGCGAAGCGUCAAGUAGUGAAGCAUUGGACAAGGAGAAUGAAUCGGUGCUAUUGGUGUUCUUCUUUAUUUUCACGCUCAAGGAAUUGGCUCGAGACCUGAUGGCAUUGACUGACGUUAUGAGCGUUAUAUACAUAACUGAGAGGGCUGUCGCCAUAGAAAAGAGUUCUUGGAGUUGGAUUUGGAAACGUAGUAUCUGCUGCUUCCCUGGCAAACGACUUCCUUCGCCCUGGAAACUCGGGAGCAGCUCUGAAUCAAGGCCUAGAAAGCGACCCGGGCUAAGGCGACAAAUCUCAUCACGCCUUCUUCAAGCCACGCAGAAUCGCACCCCAUUAUUUCCCAAAGUCGAACCUCAUGCGCCUAAUACUGCACUACGACUUUCUCGCACCCAACUCAGCACAUGGGGGAGAGUCAAACAAUCGAUUUGGGCCUUGGGACAGUUUUUCCGCCAGCCCGAAAUUAAGUACAGCAUUAAAACAGGAAUGGCUGUAGCCAUACUUGCCGCCCCUGCAUUUAUCGAGAGUACCAGAGAGACUUUUAUGGAAUACAGGGGAGAGUGGGCCCUGAUAUCUUGCUUUGUCGUUUUGUCGCCCACCGUAGGAGCCACCAACUUCCUUAGCUUGCACCGUAUCAUGGGUACCUUCGUUGGAGCAACUGUUGCUGUUGUGGUGUUCACUUUAUUCAGGCAUCAACCAGCCAUACUUGUUCUAUGUUCGUUCUUGUAUUCACUCCCAUGCUUCUAUUAUAUUGUUAACUAUCCUCAAUACGCUACAAGUGGCCGAUUUGUGCUUCUUACAUAUAACCUCACAUGUCUAUUUUCAUACAACUCCCGUGACGAUGACAUUCCUGUUUUGACGGUUGCCCGGCGUAGAGCUACGGCUGUGACAAUUGGCGUUGUCUGGGCCUUCUUUGUGAGCAGAUACUGGUGGCCAUUUGAGGCUAGGAGGGAACUGGGAAGGGUGUUGAGCGAAUUCUGUCUUAACAUUGGCUGGUUCUACCAGUGUCUCGUGUCCUCUUAUUCUGUUCGUCCAGAUGUGCUUCGACAGAUAGCUUUCGGAAAUGGAGAGAACCCCAUGAAACUUAAGGAUGGCCAAGAUGAUGAAGCUAUAAACUAUCCUCCCCAUCUCAGGCGACCCAUUACAGAAUUCAUGGCAAUGCGAUUGAAGCUUAUAGAGUUACAAGGACUUCUCGCACAGACACAGAACGAGCCUCGACUCAAGGGACCUUUUCCAUCAAUGCUUGAUAUGCUCCACUCCCUACGAUGUGCGACUACUCAGGAAGAUUGGUACACAGUGGUUCGACGCCAGUUUAUUAUUCCGGUGAAUAAAGAGCGGCGUGAUAUGGUUGGAAACAUCCUACUAUACUUUUCGACGCUAUCUGGGGCAUUCCAGCUCAAAACGCCACUUCCACCCUACUUGCCCCCUGCUGAGCAAGCGAGGAAGAAACUUGUGGAUGCGGUACGACAACUGGAGGUAGUGAAGAAUAGAGACAUCAAGGCCUCGAAACAUUUACUCUUCUUUGCCUAUGUCAUGCUCAUGGGUGGCGUUAUCAAGGAGCUUGAAUUCCUCGGUAGCACCUUACAAGAAGCGUUCGGUGUUAUUGGAGAGUCGUCCAGCCUAUUUGAGGCACUAUUCUCAAAUUACGAUGGAGACUGGGAAGAGGGACGACCGGAAAUUGAAGAUCGCUAG